AUGGCCCAAACAAAUCCAUCCCCGGUUGAAGAAACGGGCGUCAUAAUAUGUGGUGGUGGUCCGACAGGCGUGGUGCUUUCGGCACUAUUGGGGGCAUUGAAGGUGCCAAACAUCGUGCUGGAAAAAGAGAAAGAUAUUACCACCGACCCGAGAGGGAUUGCAUUGGACGAAGAUGGCAUUAGAAUACUUCAAUCCAUUGGAAUCUAUGAUAAGAUAUACACUCAAAUCGGUUCAUGCAUGGAGAUAUUCAAUUUUGUCACCGGAACGGGGUCAGAUUUGUACAAAAAGCCGAUGGUUGCCAUGCACUACAAAACCACCGAAGGAGGCACGGGGCACGUUGGUUUCAUUUGUCACAAACAGCCAGCGAUGGAAAAGGCCAUCCGAGAUCAAAUUGAGAAAACGCCCCUGUCCGAAAUUCGCACCGAGUGCACGGUAACAGGAGUGAGUGAGGAUUGCGACAUGGCCUAUGUGGAAUACACCAAUUCCCGAGGAGAAACCAAGAGACUGAAGGCCCCGUUUCUGGUUGGAGCGGAUGGGAAGACGGGUUAUGUUCGGAAAAGAUAUCUUGAACCCAAGGGCAUCGUCAUGGAACGGUGUAAAGAGUCGACCUACGAGGAAACAUGGGUGGCAUUGAAUUGGCACAUUUCAUUGCCGACCGAAAAAACCCACCCAAACUUUCCUCUCUGGCGACUCGGGUACACGCCGCAGGAUGUAUACGAUCUAUUCUUCCCCAAAGAGUUCCGGUUUCUGUGCAACCCCAAAAGACCCUCAGUGUGUGGGCGCUUUGGUCUUCCUUCCGAUCGGUUGUGGAGAUUUGAGUUCGUCGUACAAAAGGAUGAAGAUGGCCAUAAAAUGGCCACUCCAGAGGAGACGCGCAAAAUUAUCUAUCCGUAUCUGACGCAUCCGGGAAGCCGGUAUGGGGUCGAUUAUCCCGUGAGAUAUCCUGAAGAUUGCAUCAAGACACUCCGGUCCCGUCCUUUCUCAUUUGUGGCCCGAAGUUGCAACAAAUGGGCGUUGGGAAGAGUCGUUCUGGCCGGUGAUGCGGCUCAUGUCUUUCCUCCGUUUGGCGGCCAAGGAAUUGCGUCAGGCUUUCGAGAUGCAUCCGCACUGGCAUGGCGCUUGGCGCUGUUACAUCGCAACCCCAUUUUGAAUCACGAAAACAUACUCACAGCUUGGUAUAUGGAGCGCAAACAACAACUGGAAAGAUCCCUGGCUGCCACGAUCACAAAUGGGGAGUAUGUGACGGAAUCUGACCCGAUCAAAGUCUUUAUUCGAGACUGGUACAUGUGGGCGAUCCAACUCAUUCCGAGCUGGAGACGAGAAAUUCAAAAAGGAGCUCGCGCCGAAGGUAUGACGAGAUAUCGACACAGCAAAGGGAUGCCAUUUGUUCCAGAAAUGGGAGGUGGCUUGCUUCUACCACAAGUGUAUGCGUAUACGUUCAAGACGAACCGUGUCUCCUUCACGGACGAUCUCAUUUUCUCGGUGGACAAGACGGGUCUCUUCCAACUUUUGAUUUUGCCGGACAGUUUGGACGACAUUGGCGCUUUCACGGACGGUCUGAAAGACAUCGAUGCGAUUUCACACAAUCUCCUACGGUCUGACGAAGCCACGGUGUUGGUUCAAUCUUCCAAAACCUCCUCUCUGCUGGCUCAUCGGAAUAAGGCUGCUCGUAUAGCGACGGCGGAAGAAUUUGCGGCGGACCCGGUUCUGUGCAAGAACCGACCACCACCAAUCGGCUAUGACGAGCGGCGAAUUCGAAAGGAGGUCCAGGGUAAGAAAUUUUUGAUUUUGAGGCAUGAUCGCUUUGUUUUUGCGGCCUGCAAUACGCUUUCGGAGCUCAAGGACGCUGCGAGACGACUUGUGACAGCUCUCGAGAUGUAA